CUGUACAGGCGAUUGAAAGGAAGAAAGAAUGAGUUGGAAGAAAAGCUUCUUGCGAAGCUGGACGAACUGCGAGAAGUUUGCGUCAAGGAAGCGGAAAUUACCGGUGAGCUGCCCAAAGAAAUUUAUAAAACGCUUAUGCCUGGUGAGGAGGAACCGAAAAUACAGCGACGUGUUGGAACAGCCUUCACACUGAACGAAGAAGUUUUCAAAAGGCCCGUGGACUGUGAUGACAGGAUUUCGAUGCUGGAAACGGAUGUCGAGUUACACAGGAAAAUUGUCGCUGCGGCAGAGCGUUUGGCAAAAGAUAAAACAACCAACAAGUCAGUCAGAAAGAAACGCCAAAAGGAUUUGAUUGCAGCAACGCAGAAACUGCGAGGACUUGAAUUUGGUCUCAGCCAGCUUCGCCUUUCAGCUAGCAAACCGGAUGUCAGUACAUCAACCCAAGCUGCUUCUUGCAGCAAAGAGGUUUGGCGAAACUGCUCGAACUACGCAGCAGAACCAACGUCACUGGGUGGUAGAAAUGGGUCUGGUGCUCUGAUUACAAAAUCAUGUCCUGCUACUCCAAGAGGAUCGUUCCCGGAUUUACUUACAUCCACAGAUAAUGAACGAAGCGAAGCCGAUGACGAAGAAGACGACGCAAGAAGAGCAUCUGCAGAAUGCAUGCAGCGGUUCCCGUCAACAUCGUCCUCAGCUUGCCCUAAUUUUCCCCUCAACCAUCAUCGCUCAUCCUAUCGCAAAAGCACGAAUGGUUGUUGUCCGGAUAUCAACGAAGAUGGAUUAUUGCUGGCCAGUGAGCCGGUCUGCUCAAGAACGUUGAAGCGUAUCCCACCUCCCCGUCCUCCUCAAGCUCCCAGUGCUCGUGAUUUUUCCUGGGAGAAAUUGGCGAACCAUGGAGUGGAGAAUAAUCAUAUGCCCAUAUAUGAAAAUGUUGGUUACAGAUCAUGCGCUUCCUAUAAAAGCUCCUACAGAGAAACCAAUUUCCCGACGUUAAAUGACCUGAAUAGCUGCAGGACGCGGGUGCAGCAUGCAUUCUCGGAUUAUGAUUUACCUGACCCGGCUGCAAAUAGUGCUACUGGAAAAUGUCAGUCUCGUACGAAUUUCUCGACUGUCAAUACUAGUGAAGCUUCGCGGAAUAUUGCUAGAUACGGCACCACUGUAAAGCAACCAUCCUCAAAGUAUCGUUUUGGCCAGGAAAGUAGUCGUGAAUGUGUAGCUGCGACAAGCAGUAGCACCAAAGAGCAACGAGUUAUGUUGCAGCCGAACAGUGAGCCGUCUUCCUCACUAUGCCCGGAUUAUUCAUCCAAACUGGGCAGUUCGUCAUUCUCCAAAUUCCGACAGAACAGCCCUCCGGUUACUGGUUUGUUGGUAAACGAUGGGAAAGCGCCACUGCGCUAUGCUGUUCUGCCAACCUCGCGCUCAUACAAUGAGGGCUUCGCAACGGCGAGUCUGGAUAGAAGGGCUGUGAAGGGAAGGCAGACGUCCUGUGGCUCGAUGGGCUAUCAUCGGGUUCGACCACCACAACUAGGAUCAUCUGGCGGAAAAACAGCAAACGGAACACCAGUUCAUGGUGCGCAUUCGCCGAUGAGUGCUCUGCGAUUUACCACAACAUUCCCAGUUGCGAACGGCAUUGCGAACGUGGAAAAAAGCAAACCGCAUGCUUCACCGGACAUCCAUCGCUACCAGCGGCAUUCGCCGUUACAACAGCACGGUACUUUAGACCAUGGCACAAAUCACCGUCCUCCGCCACCGGCUUAUCCAGUUGCUGUACGAAAUGGGAUUUGCAGUGGCAGUAGUCCACUGGAAAAAGUUGUUCCGGCAGAAACAGCUGCACGCAGUGACACGCUGAUGAAUUAUUACAGCGAUAAAACUCACGGGCGAGGGAAGAACGCUACAGUGGUCUAA